ACAACAACAACAACAACAACAACAGCAGCAGCCAGCGACAAGUAACGCGUCCGCAGGCUAUGCAACACCACGUCCGUCUGUUGAAGGAUCGUCAACACAUCAUAUGGAUGUCGACGCUUCUCAUACUGAUAAAGAACAGAACACGGAUCGACAGAAAGGUUCAGCCCAGCAACAACGUGCAGCUCUACGACAACGAUACCAACAAUACGAUAAACACAUUCUCGACCAACGCAAGAACCGACCCCAACUCAAGCUGGACGACUUUCAUCUGUUGCGAACCCUGGGCACCGGGUCCUUUGGCCGUGUGCAUCUGUCACAGUCCCGUCACAAUGCGCGCUAUUAUGCGAUCAAGGUCUUGAAAAAGACAGAGGUUGUACGAUUAAAGCAAGUCGAGCAUACCAACAAUGAAAAGCAUAUUUUGGAGAACGUUGCAAAUCCAUUUCUGGUCAAUCUGUGGGGCACGUUCCAAGACGAUGCGAAUCUGUACAUGGUGAUGGACUAUGUGCCCGGUGGUGAAUUAUUCAGUGUACUGCGGAAAAGCAAGAGAUUUCCUGAUCACGUUGCCAAAUUCUAUGCGGCCGAAGUGGUGCUCGCUCUGGAAUAUCUGCACGGAAAGGACGUUGUCUAUCGAGAUCUGAAACCAGAAAACCUGCUACUGGAUGCCAACGGACACAUUCGUAUCACCGAUUUCGGAUUUGCCAAACACGUUCCUGAUGUCACUUGGACGUUAUGUGGAACGCCCGAUUACCUCGCGCCCGAAGUCAUUCAAUCCAAAGGCUACAGCAAGGCAGUUGACUGGUGGAGUUUGGGCAUUCUGAUUUUUGAAAUGUUGGCGGGAUACCCGCCAUUUUACGAUGAAGAUCAUCUUAAACUGUACGAAAAAAUCUUGCAGGGCAAGAUCCGUUGGCCAAGCUACUUUGACCCGAACGCCAAGGACUUGCUGCGACGCUUGUUGACGUCGGAUCUGUCGAAACGGUUUGGUAAUCUCAAGAACGGUGCAGAGGAUAUCAAGCGACACCCGUGGUUUGAUGGCGUCGACUUUGACCGGGUCGGCAAUCGACAGAUCCGCGCGCCUUAUAUUCCUCAUAUUCGUGGUGACGGCGAUGCAAGUCAUUUCGACAAGUACCCCGAAUCGACUGAACGCUAUGGUGUGCCUGCUGACGAUCUCCAUCGCGAUAAAUUUCCCGACUUUUAAUUUAAAAAAAAACUUUUUUUUUUGUAUUUAAAGACAUCCUCCAUCAAAUCCCCAUCCUACGCUUAUCAUCAUACUGUAUCUCUCUCUCUCUCUCUCUCUCUUCAAAACUCCUUCUUCACAUUGUAAUCUUUUUUUUUUGUUUUUUAUUUCCUUUUCGUCAACAUUAAAAAACACAC